CUUCGCAGAGAUGGCACCGACUGGAGCAAAGAAAGGCCUUCUAGAGCGCCUAGAUGCCGGUGAGGUUGUCAUCGGAGACGGCGGAUUUGUGUUUGCUUUAGAAAAACGAGGCUAUGUCAAAGCCGGACCUUGGACGCCAGAAGCUGCAGUGGAACACCCAGAAGCAGUACGGCAGCUUCACCGAGAAUUCCUGCGAGCUGGAGCCAAUGUCAUGCAGACAUUUACCUUCUAUGCUAGUGAUGACAAGCUGGAGAACAGAGGCAACUAUGUGGCUAAGAAAAUCUCUGGCCAGAAAGUAAAUGAAGCUGCCUGUGACAUAGCCCGAGAAGUGGCCAACGAGGGUGAUGCAUUAGUAGCAGGAGGGGUGAGCCAGACACCAUCGUACCUCAGCUGCAAAAGUGAAGUCGAGGUGAAAGGCAUCUUCAGGAAGCAACUGGAUGUCUUCAUUAAGAAAAACGUGGAUUUCCUCAUAGCUGAGUAUUUUGAACAUGUUGAAGAAGCUGUUUGGGCCGUUGAGGUACUGAAAGAGUCUGGAAAACCAGUUGCUGCUACGCUCUGCAUUGGUCCUCAGGGAGAUUUGAAUGGAGUUACACCUGGAGAGUGUGCUGUGAGGUUGGCCAAAGCUGGUGCCUCUGUGGUGGGAGUCAACUGCCAUUUUGACCCAAUGACCUGUGUUGCCACAGUGAAGCUUAUGAAGGAAGGCCUGGUAGCUGCUAAGGUGAAGGCCCAUUUAAUGACCCAGCCAUUAGCUUAUCACACACCAGACUGCGGAAAGCAAGGUUUUAUUGACCUGCCUGAGUUUCCAUUUGCUUUGGAACCAAGAAUUGUCACCAGGUGGGACAUACACAAGUACGCUCGGGAGGCUUAUAACCUCGGAGUGCGCUACAUUGGAGGCUGCUGUGGCUUUGAGCCCUACCACACCAGAGCAAUAGCCGAAGAGCUGGCCCCAGAGAGAGGUUUCCUACCGCCAGGUUCUGAGAAGCAUGGAAGCUGGGGAAGCGGCUUAGAAAUGCAUACAAAACCCUGGGUUAGAGCAAGGGCUAGGCGGGACUACUGGGAGAAGCUACCUCCAGCCUCGGGUAGGCCUUGCUGUCCUUCUAUGUCCAAGCCAGAUGCAUGGGGCGUGACCAAAGGAGAUGCUGAUCUGAUGCAGCAGAAAGAGGCAACAACAGAACAACAACUGAUCGAUCUAUUUGCAAAGCAAUGCAUCAAAUCCAAUUAGACUUCAGUCAUUCUAAAGGGUUCCCAUGCCUUUAUACUGUAUGCAUACCAUAUGUAUAUACAUGGCAUGCAUUAAAAAGUACCAAUGGCAGAGAUUUCUAUAUUCUUGCAGAUAAUGAGACCUCUUUACAAUUCCUGGAUAUAUGGAGCAAGUGAGAAAUAAAUGUCAC